AUGAGAGCAACGGCACUCUUCGUAGCACUUGCCGCCACUGCAGCCAAUGCGGCUUAUCCAAAGGACAUUGUCCAAUACUGGGUUGACCAGUCCGCGCUCUUCGUCAAUGGGUCCAUCAUCGGGGGCAUUCAGUCACCUCCGUCCGCUUGGUUCCCCGCCGUAGUCCAUGGUGCAAUUUACACCGCGGCACUAGAAGCCAAGGGCGAGUCUCUCAGCUUUCAACAGUUGGCCGUAUCCCACGCGGCACAUGACGCCUUGUCCUGGACGUUUCAAGGCACGCGGCUGUACAACUCCAUCGAUGCGGCACUGCGAAACAUCCUGCCCGACAUUGGUAUUGCUCAGUCAUCCAAGGAGUACCGUCAGGCAACCUCCAUUGGGCGCCGCGCCGCUGCUACGGUAGCCGAGAAGCGCGCCGGUGAUCGGCUCGCUAAUUUCGUUGACUACGUCUACGGUCCUGCAGAGCCCGGCGUGUACCAGCGGACGCCCGGUGGUAACCCACUCCCCGAUACCCCGCAGGCAGCGUACCUCCGACCUUUUGGCGGUAUAGGAGACAUUUCCAAAUAUCGGGCGCCGCCUCCGCCAAAUGCAACUGGGAAAGAUUAUGAGAAAUGGGUGGCUGAAGUCAAAGAUGUGGGAUCUUUGAACUCGACAAGCCGGAGUGAAUAUGACACAGACACGGCAUAUUUCUGGAGAGAGUCAAGUGUGACAGGCUGGAAUAGGCUUGCCAACGCUAUUAUCGGCGAUUCCCUUUCCAAAGACGUUGUGGCAUCUGCCAGAUUCUACGCUCAAUUUAGCUACGCCCUCGCCAAUGCUGCAAUCGCCGCGUGGGACUCCAAGUACUAUCAUAACCAUUGGAGACCGGUGACUGCCAUCCAGAGACCAGGGAUCUGGCUCGCCAGCGGCAAAGACAUCUCCGAUCCCAACUGGACACCACUGCUCCGUCCAACGCCGAGCCACCCCGACUAUGUUUCGACGCACUCGACGUUUGGUGGUGCUGCUGCGGAAGUGUUACGGGCGUACGUUGGCGGUGAUAAAAUUAACGCUUCGCUCAGCAGCAAUGUGACUUUGGAUAACCGCGGCGUCAUCACUCGACGAUACACAAAUUUAACCGAGGCGGCUCUCGAAAACUCUCGGAGCAGGGUUCUCGGUGGGGUGCCUCCGAAGAUUCAUUUUACCUAUGCCGGCUCUGCAGGCAUAGAGCUGGGCUCAGCUGUUGCGAAGGCGACGCUGAACAAGUUUGGCCGGCACUGGGACGAGUAUUAA